AUGGUCCGGCCUGUCGCCGUCGUUCGGGAAACAUGGCACAUAUACACGCCCUUGGAGCGCCGUAACAUCGCCAUCUACAUCGCCGGCAUCAUGAUGUACAAGUUUGGGCUCGAGGCUUUCAACGGAUCCGUCAUCGCGCUCGCCACGAAUCGAUACGACGAACUUGAAAAAAAGACGCACAUUUCCAUCACCUUCCAACGAGUCGGGGUUCUGACAGGGCUCAACCAGGCCUUUCAAUGCAUAGGAUCCAUCUUAAUUGCACCACUGAUCAAGCGGUACCCGACCAAGAACGUGCUGGCCUGUGCGAUACUUAUAUUUGCAUUCACGAGUAGUCUUUUGCUCAUACUGGAUGCUGCCACUGGUGGCAAGUUUGUGCCACGCGGAUGGCCCAAGGACGACUUUAGCUACUACGGCGAUUACAACACGGACGCCAUGAUACCCAUAUUCUGUGUUUGCGGCAUAGUCUACGGCAUGGUGGAACUGAUCCGACGCGUUAUACCCCGAGACCUCGUAGGCGGCAAUGUCCAGAAGCUCCGCCGGAUGGACGCAUUGGUGCAUAUAUUCUACGAAACGAGUGGAACAGCCGGUGCUUUCUGUACGGCCCUUGCCCUGAUUCCUCGCUUCGGCAACAACUUUAGCUUCAUCAUCACGCCCAUCUUCUUUGCGGCCGCAUCGAUACUUUGGUACUUCAUCCACGAGGACAGCAUACCGAAAGAGUGCAGGGCUUUGGUCUCGGAGGGCCAGCCUAAUUACGUCAAGGCCGUUGUAAGCGGCUUCUCCCUUUUCUUCGAGUCUGUUGGAACCGGCGCUCAAAUCAUCUUCACGCAUCGCAAGUUCAUCUGGCUGCUGCCUGGAUAUGCUGUUGCGCUUUAUGCCCACCGGUACUUGGAAAACGCCAUUGCGCCUGCAGUGGCGCGGCGAUACUUUGGCAACUCGGCCUGGUCGCAAAUUAUUGUUGGUGGAUCCAACUUUGGAGAGCUAUUGGGAGCUCUGUUCGUCUUCAUGUUUACAAACUUGGUGCAGACGCCCAUACCAUGGCUCCGAAUCGACGCGCUCGCUCUCCUCAUUGUGUGGUAUCUGCCCUUCUGGCGCCCGCCGCAGAACGACGUGGCUCAAGCCUGGAUUGUGGGAGCGACCUUCUUGCCCAUCAGCUUCGGAUGGGCAGCGGGCGACGUGUCGCUAGCGGCUUAUAUCCAAGCAUCACUUGCCCGGAUCGAGUCCAAGACGCAAAACGUGUCAGCACUAGGAGCAGUCAUGGCAUUCCUCUACAGCACGUACAUUGUUACGUAUGCCAUUGCCUCGGCAUCGCUCGGAACGUAUAUUGACCGCAUAUCCGAUCGCAACAACGAGGAGAUUCACGGGGCCAUCUUGAACGUGGCUGGCGUGCAGUUUACCAUUAUAUCGGCGCUGGUUCUAGCCAGCACAUUUGUGCCAAAGGGCGCAUUCGCUCUGAACCCGAAGAUGCUCAGCGAAGAGGAGUUGGAUACCGAUAUAGAGGACGAGGACCUAGAGUACGUGCCCGGGGCUCAUGCGAAGACAAAAGAGAGCCUUGAGAGCUCUGAAAUGGUCAGCAGGAUGAACAGCUCGACGUAGCGUGCAGGGCUGUCCAAGGCGUACAUGCACUAGCG